GGGGGAAGCCAAGAAGCAGCAGGGUGACCGGAAACUACCAGAAGAAGCAUUUUUCUUUUAGUAAUGGCGUCCUCCUGAGAGCUCGCGGACAACGUGAUUUAACGACAAAAUGAAGACUUUUGUAUUAACUUCAACUAAGUCUUAGUUUUACUUUCUUUGUUGGCGUUCAACGUUCUAAACACAUUCGUACUCCUGCUUGUCGAAAGACUACUUUGCUGUCUGAGAUGGCUUCAUAUAAACCAACAAAAAUUCCAGUUUAUCCCAAACUGGGAGAAAAGGUCACAGGAGACACACUGUACUGGAAAAACUACAAGACUCCAAUCCAGAUAAAAGAAUUUGGAGCUGUGUCAAACAUCGACUUUUCCCCUGUGGCUCCGUAUAAUUUUGCUGUGACAGCUUUCACAAGAAUUCAUCUUUACGGGCCGCUCUCCCAGGAGCCUGUCAAGACUUAUACCCGUUUCAAAGAUACGGCGUACUGCGGCCGCUUCCGGUCAGACGGUCAGCUGCUUGUGGCAGGAUGUGAGGACUCUGUCGUUCGGCUCUUUGAUGUUGGCGGCAAAGUGGCGCUGAGAAUGUUCAAAGGUCACACAAAGGCCGUUCAUGUCACAGACUUCACCUCCGACCGUUACCAGAUCCUGACGGGGUCGGAUGACUACACCUGCUGUCUUUGGGAUAUCCCAAACUCAGUUAAGCUCAACACUUACCAGGAACACACCGAUUACAUCCGCUGUGGAGUGACGAGUAAACUCAACAGAGAUCUCUUUGUUACGGGGUCAUACGAUCACUCACUAAAAGUUUUUGAUGCCAGAACGGACAAAAGUGUGAUGACCAUCAACCAUGGCCACCCGGUGGAGAGUCUGCUCCUGUAUCCCUCUGAAGGACUGCUCGUUUCUGCAGGUGGGCGCUACGUGAGAGUGUGGGAUCUGCUGAAAGGCGGACAGCCUCUGGUGUCUCUGAAGAACCAUCACAAAACAGUCACCUGUUUGGCUCUCAGCAAAAACGGCCAGAGGCUGCUGUCCGGCUCUCUGGACAGACAUGUGAAGGUGUACAACACAACCACCUAUAAAGUGGUCCACAACUUUGACUACCCUGCUGCCAUCCUCAGUCUGGCUCUGGCUCCGAAGGAUAAGUCUAUUGUUGUGGGAAUGACCAACAGCAUUCUGAACAUCAAACACCAGAAACCCUCAGAGAAAGCGAAGGCCACCGCUGGCCACGCGAGGCGACGCCCAUCGUACCGCGUUUACUCACACAGAAAAAGAUACAAUCCAAAACUGGAUGAUUAUCUUGUCAGUAAGCCAGUGAGGGAGCAUUUGGCCAAAUAUGACAAGCAACUGAAGAAGUUUAAUGUGUCUAAAGCUUUGGACAGAGCCUUGGAGGCCGGGACUAAAGCGAGAAAGCCGGAGAUCACCGUCGCUGUCAUAAAGGAGCUGGAUCGAAGAGGAACUUUGAAGAACGCUCUCGCAGGGCGAGACGAGCAGGAGCUCUCACAGCUACUCAGGUUCAUGAUCGGAAAUCUGAUUGACGCCAGGUUUGCUCCAGUCCUCAUAACACCAGCUGAGAUGAUCCUGGACAUCUAUCAGUCGGUCAUCGGUCAGUCCCCAGUCGUUGACAAACAGCUGCUGCAUCUACAGUCCCUGCUGGAAAGAGAACUGGACUAUCAAAAGGACCUUCUGGAAGUUCUUGGCAUGUUAGACACCUUAUUUGCCUCCUCUCUGCCUAAAAUGGAGGUGCCGUGCUCUGGGAUCAGCACAUCGAAUGGCCUGACUCUGGGAGAAUCGACUGCAUCAAGACCACAGGUUCAGGUCACCUGAGUCUUUAAGGUGAUGGACUGACUUUAGACCAAGUGAAAGAAAGAGCUUUUAUAAUUCUGAAAAUGUAUUCUCUGAAAUGUUGAUUUCCUGCAGUAAAGAAAACAUUUGGGAACCAGA